UCAAGCCUUCUGUGCUGCAGCCGCUCUCAUCCAAACAUCUGCAAAUAACAAACAAGCCAUCUUUCCAGACGGUCUGCAGCGGUGAGCUGUGAUUGGACAGCAGAACACAGGAGGGGGGUGAAGUUCUGGCAGAUUUCCUGUGUGAUGAGGGGAGCCUGGAGGCUGUGCAGCUUCCCUCGUCUCUGUUCUCACAAACAUCAAAGCAAGAAUCAGCAGAAAAAGAGCACUGAUCCUACUCACUAGUUCUGAUCUAAAAUAUGAUCUAAAAAGGACCUGAGGAGCAAACAGCAUGUCUGUGGUGAGGGGGUCCUCCUAGGAGCACACAUUCCAGUCUCACGCACACAUCCUGAAGCUGUUAACAGUGGAGGCGUGUCUGCGUGACAUUCUGACAUCAGCCUCUCACUACACUGACAGCAGAACUAGCUCCACACCACUUAAUGCAGUCGAGCUGCUGCUGGAACAGGAAGCUGCUGGUGUAGAUACGAGUCUCCCACAGAGCAGGGCAGCUGGAGAAAGACGUCCAGAAGAAGUAUGAAGCUGCUGGCUGGGACCCUGUUUCUGAUGGGACUGUUGUCUGUCCUCGGCGCCUCACCAUCUUUUCACCCUCCAAACCAAUGUCCCAACACAACUAUCCUUCUUCGGGCCUUCCGGCUCACGGUGUCCUGUAACGUCACGACUCUAAAGGAGAAGCAGCUGAAGGACAUCCAGGCUCCAGUCACAAACCUCUACCUGCCGUUCCUGUACUUGCUGGCCUUCAGCGUGGGUCUCCCCUUCAACCUAAUGUCUCUCUGGGUUCUGGUGUUCAGAACCAAACCCCUCCCGUCCACUUUGUUGCUCAUCAACCUGACUAUUGCAGACUGCUUCCUGCUUCUGGUGCUGCCCUUUCGCAUUGUUUACCAUUUUCGAGGUAACCACUGGGAGCUGGGGGAGCCGUUCUGCCGCAUGGUCAUGGCGGUGUUUUACGGUAACAUGUAUGGCUCUACUUGGUUUCUGGCGUUCGUGGCCAUAGACAGAUAUGUGGCUCUGGUUCAUCCAUUUAAAGCACGGACUCUGCGCUCCCAGCGGGUGUCGGUGUACAUGGUGGUGGCCGUGUGGAUUGUGGUUCUGGCUGCCAUGCUGCCGCUUCUGAUAUCACAACAAACCUACGUGUUGGACAAGCUGCAGAUCACUACGUGCCAUGACGCUCUCCCUGAGGAGGAGCAUGAGAACUACUUCCUGCCAUACUUCAGCACCCUCUUCGCCUUCUGCUUCCUUCUGCCUUUUGCCAUCAUCCUCUUUUGCCACAGCGCGGUACUGCGCACCCUGCUGGCUGAAAGGAAGCGCCACGCCCACGCCAUCAGAGUGACAGUUCUAGUGAUCAUCGUUUUCAUCGUCUGUUUUUUGCCCAGUAAUGUCCUUCUCCUCCUCACAUACGCCAACAACAGGGUGGAUGGGAAUGGCGAAGACAUCUACAUUCCCUACAUGGUUAGCUUAGCAGUUAGCACGUUCAACAGCUGCAUUGACCCCGUCAUAUUCUACUUUGUGUCCACAGAGUUCAGGCAGAAGCUGAAAAGUUCUCUGUGCUGCUCGGGUCACUGUCAAGGCCAGCUCUCCUCUCAGGAGAACAACAUCUCCUCGUCAGCAGGUCAGAGGACCAAUGUCACUCUUGUGUCCAUGAACAGUCGACAAACGGCUUCUUAGAUGGUCUGUACCAACGAGUUAUAUCACUAGAGGUGACAUGCUAGCUUGUAGAGUACGCAAAGUUGUUCUCCAUAUUGGAAUGGUUUAGAUAUCUGUUUACUGCUGUUUACAAUUGUACAAACAGAUCUGAAAAACAAGAACUUUUCACUAGAAAAUUAUUGCUGUCAGCUGAUAAAGGAGAACUUCUAGAAAACAUUUGAACAAGAUCUGAGUGAGUUUACUCUCAAUAAUGAACGUUUAGGCUGAUCUUGUCAUCUAUUCAGAGUCAACGACAGCUUUAGACUUCACACUAUUUCUACAUUUUCUGGCACCGGUUUUUGUUUUUUUGUUUGAUGGUGGAUGAUCAUGGCAUUUGUAUGUGUGUUAGACCUCAGUUCAGACAAGACAACCUGCUGAUAAUCAGAUUACUAAAUUAUAAAAAUAAACUAACCCGGAUUUCCUUGGUAGUGAAGAGGGAAGAGCCCAUUAGAGCUGAAUCUCCGUUCGGUGGGUGAACCUGGAAAUGUAUCGUAUGACAGACCGCCUGCGCUUCUGUCGUGCCGGUGCCUGAGUCCUUCUGAUAGAGGCUGGGUGGAUCCACUUAUAGAACAGGAGUCUCCAGCCCAGCAUUGCCUAUCCCACCUGGUGAAUUUACCCCACGACGUUGCGUUGCGACCGGUUCAAUAGUAAGUCCCAGCUGCUGCUUGCUUUGACCUUCCCGCUCCGGGGCUGUGGAUGGAGUGCUCCUCAGCCCCUUUGUACAAAAACAUUAUUACCAUGAUCUGGGAAUUAUUUUUCUGAUGAUCAGAGUUUUUUCCUUUUUAAAAUCAGACCAAAAUUAAUCAUUUUAUGGUCAUUUUACUGGUUCUGCUAAGCCUUGUCUCCUUUUUUUUAAAUAAAAUUCCAAUAUGACGUCGUCGCUCUUUACAGAUCUUAACCAAUAGUAAAAAUUCUGCGCAUCAUCUCUAGUGAUUAAACUCAUUGGUCCCUCAUGAGACAACAAUAGGUUCUCACCAAAGAGUCUGUGAAGAUGCUAAAAUGCUCCUUUAAUCUGAUACAUCUUCCACAUUGUGAAGAUGAUCGGGAUUCUUGGAAACUUCUGCUGCUUUAAAGCUGAGGUUUCCAACCCAGGUCCACUAGAACUUCCUGGAAGCUGUUGUUUUAGCCAAGUCAGCCGACUCCAGACUCUGCUAACUGAACACACCUGCUCCAGGUGAUCAGCAGGAAGGUUUACUGGGAAACAAGAAGAACAGUUUUUCCCUUUGCACUGCUACCCUGCUCAAUACACCUGAUUCUGUUCAGCAGCAGAUGGAACAGGGGGCCCUCAGGGUCAGGGCUGGGACCACUGCUUAUGAUGAACCACAUGUUUGCUGAUGCUGUAGUGCUUUGUGUUGAGGGAUUGACACCAAAAAUGUGCAAAUUGAGUGUAAAAUGUGUUU